GCAAACUUUUCUUUCUCUUUUCCCCUUUCAGAGGCGCCUUCUGCGGCGGGCGGACCGACUCCGCGGCGCGGCCGGGCCGGGGCAAACUGGACGCAGCAUGAUGCGCGCCGUGUGGGAGGCGCUGGCGGCGCUGGCGGCGGUGGCGUGCCUCGUGGGCGCGGUGCGUGGCGGACCCGGGCUCAGCAUGUUUGCGGGCCAAGCGGCGCAGCCCGACCCCUGCUCGGACGAGAACGGCCACCCGCGCCGCUGCAUCCCCGACUUUGUCAACGCGGCCUUCGGCAAGGACGUGCGCGUGUCCAGCACCUGCGGCCGGCCCCCGGCGCGCUACUGCGUGGUGAGCGAGCGCGGUGAGGAGCGGCUGCGCUCCUGCCACCUCUGCAACGCGUCGGACCCGAAGAAGGCGCACCCGCCCGCUUUCCUCACCGACCUCAACAACCCGCACAACCUGACGUGCUGGCAGUCCGAGAACUAUCUGCAGUUCCCGCACAACGUCACGCUCACGCUGUCGCUCGGCAAGAAGUUCGAGGUGACCUACGUGAGCCUGCAGUUCUGCUCGCCACGGCCCGAGUCCAUGGCCAUCUACAAGUCCAUGGACUAUGGGCGCACGUGGGUGCCCUUCCAGUUCUACUCCACGCAGUGCCGCAAGAUGUACAACCGGCCGCACCGCGCUCCUAUCACCAAGCAGAACGAGCAGGAGGCGGUGUGCACAGACUCGCACACCGACAUGCGCCCGCUCUCGGGCGGCCUCAUUGCCUUUAGCACGCUGGACGGGCGACCCUCCGCGCACGACUUCGACAACUCGCCGGUGCUGCAGGACUGGGUCACGGCCACGGACAUCCGCGUGGCCUUCAGUCGCCUGCACACGUUUGGCGACGAGAACGAGGACGACUCGGAGCUGGCGCGCGACUCCUACUUUUACGCGGUGUCGGACUUGCAGGUGGGCGGCCGCUGCAAGUGCAACGGCCACGCGGCCCGCUGCGUGCGGGACCGCGACGACAGCCUGGUGUGCGACUGCAGGCACAACACGGCCGGCCCGGAGUGCGACCGCUGCAAGCCUUUCCACUACGACCGACCCUGGCAGCGCGCCACGGCCCGCGAAGCCAACGAGUGCGUGGCCUGUAACUGCAACCUGCACGCGCGGCGCUGCCGCUUCAACAUGGAGCUCUACAAGCUGUCGGGGCGCAAGAGCGGGGGUGUCUGCCUCAACUGCCGCCACAACACCGCUGGCCGCCACUGCCACUACUGCAAGGAGGGCUACUACCGUGACUUGGGCAAGCCCAUCACCCACCGGAAGGCCUGCAAAGCCUGCGAUUGCCAUCCCGUGGGUGCUGCUGGCAAAACCUGCAACCAGACCACCGGCCAGUGUCCCUGCAAGGACGGCGUGACGGGUAUCACCUGCAACCGCUGCGCUAAGGGCUACCAGCAGAGCCGCUCCCCCAUCGCCCCCUGCAUAAAGAUCCCCGUCGCACCACCAACCACUGCAGCCAGUAGCGUGGAGGAGCCCGAAGACUGCGAUUCCUACUGCAAGGCCUCCAAAGGGAAGCUGAAGAUUAACAUGAAAAAGUACUGCAAGAAGGACUAUGCGGUCCAGAUCCACAUCCUGAAGGCAGACAAGGCGGGGGACUGGUGGAAGUUCACGGUGAACAUCAUCUCCGUGUACAAGCAAGGCACAAGCCGCAUCCGCCGUGGUGACCAGAGCCUGUGGAUCCGCUCGCGGGACAUCGCCUGCAAGUGCCCCAAAAUCAAGCCCCUCAAGAAGUACCUGCUGCUGGGCAACGCGGAGGACUCACCGGACCAGAGCGGCAUCGUGGCCGACAAGAGCAGCCUGGUGAUCCAGUGGCGGGACACGUGGGCGCGGCGGCUGCGCAAGUUCCAGCAGCGCGAGAAGAAGGGCAAGUGCAAAAAGGCCUAGCGCGGAGGCAGCAGCGCGCCGGGCGGGCGGGGCGGAGGGCUGGGCCGCUCGAGCUGGCAGCCCCAGUGACUUGGCCCACGAGGUGGGGGGCGGGGGGCGGGGCCCUCUGCAGCCCCUCCCCCUGGCGGCCCCUCACCCAACCCCACCCUUCGCGCCCCAGGCUGGAGGUGCGCUGGGAGGGGUGCAUAGCAGGCCGGGCCCUGGAGAAAUGAGGACGAGACUUAGCUACCUCAUGGGCUCCUUCCAGAGCAGAGACGCGCUUCGCAAGGGCUAGGUGGGGUCUCCAUGGAAGGGGCGGGGCAGCCUGACUUGGGGCCCAAGCGCUGGGCACAGAACCACACAAGUGGGGCCGGCACUGUUGGCGCAUGCUGGCGAAGGGGCUGUGAGGAGAACUGUGAAUUCAAUGACGCUGUAGCUUUUGUGGGGGACGCAGAGCAAGCCCAGCCAAACCACCACUCCCAACAGAAAGACUGAAAAUCCCCUCCUUUCCCCGUCCUCCUCGGGAACUCCCACAGGUUCCCUGGCCGUGACAACCUGGAGCCCAACUGCAGGGGCCUGGCAGGCCUUGGGAGGAGGCGGAAAGCAGCCUGGGGUCUCCAUUGCCCUGCUGAGUUGGUCCCUCUCGGUGGGGUCUUGGGGUGGGGGGUUACAGCCUGUGGAGCCAGAGGAGAGGAAGCCCCUACUGGUGCCUGCCCCCUGCCCAGCGGGAGGUUGGGUGCGGGCCGGGAUUCUGACCUGUGCCGAGGGCAGUGGGCCCAAGGACACCCUUGAGAAGCCAAGCAGGGUGGUCACUGCCUCAUGCUGGAGCUGCCUGUUGGAGGGAUGGCGAAGGCAAAACCUCCCAGAGAGUUUCCUCUCUGGAAACUUGGAACCAGCCCCUUUUAUGACAUUUUCCAGGGGAGGGGGAAGGGGCAUGGGCUGGGUUUACGGCAGGCAGGGACACUAUUUGUGUAAUGACAUCAGCUCCCACAAGGCCCCUCAGCAGUGUCAACAGCUGGGAAGGGCCGGGAUGGGCCUGCUAUGCAGGCUGCGAAGGCAGUGGGCCUGGCUGGGGCUAGGGGCUCGCUGACCUAGCGGGGUGCCAGAGCCAUGGCAGGUAGGAAUUGCCAGGUUCCUGGGGGCCAAGGAAACCAUGGCCACCUCCUGUUGCUGCCAGUUUCCCUAUUCUGGGGCUACCCUGCUAUAGGUCUCUUGGUCUAGCCUGGGCAGCCCCGCUUCCCCAUUUCCACCUUUGCGGUGACUUCCCAUGCCCGGCUGUGGUCAGGCCCCCUUUCUAGAGCUACUGUCCCCAAGUGGGCAGUUCCAGUCUGAUUUGUCCCAGGCCGUGCCCAGUAUUCUGGCACCUCCUGUGCUCUCUGCACUGCCCAGGGGCCUCUGGUCCGUGUCCUCACACCCAGCACAAUGAAUUAAGAGGCCUGGCUCCCCUCUCAGUCAGGAAAUUGGUUUCAUUUUCCCCGCUGGAGCUCGACGGCUCCAAAGGGUCACACCAGGUAUGAGCCUGGCCCUCGUGGUCUGGCCACCCUCCACCUCCAGCCCGUAUUACCACUGCCAUUGACUGAGCACCUGUGCCAGGCACUUUAUCCACAUGAUCUCAUCCUCAUGGCAGCCCUGUGCAGGAAUUCUCACCCCUUUGUCACCAGUGAGAAAAAUGAAGCACAUGUGCCCAAGGUGUUUGGGCAAACACGUAGCAGGACUGGAUUCAGGCCUGAGGCUGGCUCUCUGACCAGGGGCCACAAUGCCCUUUGCUGCCUGUGGGAGUCUGGGGCAGCAGCAAGAGUAGAGGGUGAAAUAGGGUAUAACUCACCGCAGGCAGCCCGGGAAGUCCCAGGUUCCAGGAAGGCAGGCCUUGGCUGACCCUCAGACAGAGGACAUCUGGAGGGAUUCCAGAAGAGCCUGGCAGAGAGAAGACAGAAUUAGCUUGGGAGGGGUAUUUAUCUUCCCUGAAUUCAGGCCCGGAGGUGGAGGCACUGCCCUCCGCCGAUGCCCAUCACCGUGCAGUGCUAGCACCAUCAGCAUCAGGCUCACAGUCCUUGAAAAGUACGACACGCGUUAGCCACGUCACCUCCCACCUGGAUCUGUCUUACCCCCUGUCCAGAGAGGGGUUUGUGAGGCCCCUCAGCUCUGGAGUCAGUGACCUGCCGAACAGUAGUGUAUCUUGUUUUAAAUUCAACCAGCCUCAGGCUCAGCACCCCGUGGGCCCAGGCCAGCCCCUCGGGCAUGUGCUAGAAUGGACACUGGGGAUUUCCGUCACCACAGGCUGCCUCCCCCAGCUCCCCCACACUGCCCUGCCCCGCCCCAGCGCCUGGUCCCAACCACCACCUUUAGCAGUGAGGACCCACCCUUGGUCCUUCCAUCCCCGCCCCCUUGGGAGGAGGAGAUGGAAGGCACGGAGGUGCUCCAGUUUGUACAGUUAGGAAGGGAUGUAAAAUGGAACUAGAUUUUGACUUUUGAAGAGUGUAUUAACCAGAAUUGUGAUAUGUAGGUGUUUGAAGAAAAAUAUACCAGAUUAGUUCUUUUGGAGAAAAAAAGAUUCCCCAGUUGUCCUUUUUUCUCACCAGCUAGGUGGUCUGGAGCCCGACCCUGGAGGGCCUGCUUUACUGACACACAGUGAUGCCAGAGGCUGGGGGUAGGGACUUGCCUGCAGGCGGGGGCUUCUGUCCUGGGAAGGCCGGGCGGGCGGGACACCAGAUGCCAUCCUGGCCGGGGAGCCGCUUCAGACCCCCUCGUCACCUCCUGGAAUCCGCCUCCACAGCAGCUGCAGGAAACGGGCCCAGACUUUCUUGUGUUGGCCCCAGGUUGGGGUGAGUCUGACACCAAGGAGACGCUAAGCUAGGAUUGGAGAACGAAAAACGGUCAGGGUCUCGGCACUCGAGGAAGCCCUGCUCGGCAAGGGAGACCGGAGCGAGACGCAUCGAUGCCGCCAAGGUUCCUGGUCACAGCCAUGCCACACCCCUAGGGGUCUCCCCGUGUGUACCUGUGGGGCCUCUCGCCUGCCAAAUCCAAGCCAGUCCCACUCCGUGUGUCAUUGGACAUCUCUUCCCCGCCCCCAACGCACCUCCCGCCCUCCCCCGCACUCCCCCGCGUUUCAGAGUUCUGUGCACUCAGAAUUGUAAAUGUUUAGUUGUGACCAUGACACAUUGUUUGGGUCAGUGUUCCUUUCCAAUGCAUACUAAUAUAUUAUGGUUAUUAUAUAUGAAUAUAUUUAAUGACAUGGAGAAAGUUGUGGAUUUUUUUUUUUUUUAAGUUUUUUUGUUGUUGUUAGAGUUGUAAUGGACCCAGAUGGAACUUGUAAUAUGGGCCACACAUGAUAGAACUAAAUUCAGAUAUCAAUUAAAUAAACUCUUGUACACUG